CUUCCACACCUUCCCCCUCCGGCCCUCCACUCCGCAUCCCGCCCCAGUGUCCCCUCCCCCUCCCUCCACCCCCGCACCCGCGAUGCCGCCGGACAGAGAAGACGCCGCGGGCGCGGGCGCGGACGUCGCGGCCGACGAGCUGCAGAGCGUGAGCUUCGGCUCGUCCUCGGACCGCUCGCGCUCGCGCUCGGCCUCCACGGCGUCCACGGCCACGGCGUCCUGCUCCACGUCCUCGUCGGGGCCGCUACACCAGCACCUCUCGCUCCCGGCCCCGCGCCGCAACCCCUCCCCCUCCCCCGCGCCAACCCCAACCCUGCCCACGCAGAUCCCGCGCCUCGGCGCCGUCUCGCUCUCCGACAUCCGCUUCCUGCGCCGGCUCGGCGCCGGCGACAUCGGCAGCGUGUACCUGGCCGAGGUCCGCCGCCCCACCCCCACCGCCGGGGCCGCCGGCAAGGAGAAGCACACCUCGACUUUGGCGGCGGCGGCGGUGGUGGUGGCCGCCAAGGUGAUGGACCGCAAGGAGCUGGAGGGGCGAAACAAGGAGGGCCGCGCGCGCACGGAGCGCGAGAUCCUCGAGGCCGUCGACCACCCAUUCCUGCCCCGCCUCUACGGCGUCGCCGAGGGCGACCGAUGGUCCUGCCUCCUCACCGAGUUCUGCCCCGGCGGGGACCUCCACGUGCUCCGCCAGCGCCAGCCGCACCGCCGCUUCUCCGAGGCCGCCGUCAGGUUCUACGCGGCGGAGGUGGUGGCGGCGCUGGAGUACAUCCACAUGAUGGACAUCGUGUACCGCGACCUGAAGCCGGAGAACGUGCUGGUCCGCGGGGACGGCCACAUCAUGCUGACCGACUUCGACCUGUCGCUCAAGUGCGACCCGACGGCGCCGACGCCGGCGCACGUCAUCUCCGACCCGCUGUCGCUGGCGGGGCGGUCGGGCGGCGCCGCGUCGUCCACGUCCUCCUGCGCCAUCUCCUCCUCCUGCAUCGUGCCGGCCGCCUCCUGCUUCCAGCUCUUCCCGGGCCGCGGGCGCGGGCGCCGGCGCCGCCGGCCCCGCUGGCUGCGCGCGGGCAAGAAACCGUCCCCGAACAACAACGGCGGGCUGGAGCUGGAGCUCGUGGCGGAGCCGGUGGAGCUGCGGUCCACGUCGUUCGUGGGCACGCACGAGUACCUGGCUCCCGAGAUCGUGGCCGGGGAAGGGCACGGCAGCGCCGUGGACUGGUGGACGCUGGGGGUCUUCGUCUUCGAGCUGCUGUACGGGGCUACGCCCUUCAAGGGCCACGACAACGAGAUGACGCUGGCCAACAUCGUGGCCCGCGCGCUCGAGUUCCCCCGGGACCGCGACCCGCCCGCGUCGCCCGCCGCCCGCGACCUCGUCACCGCGCUCCUCGCCAAGGACCCCGCCCGCCGCCUCGGCGCCACCGUCGGCGCCGCCGCCAUCAAGCGCCACCCCUUCUUCGCCGGCGUCAACUGGGCCCUGCUCCGCUGCGCCCCGCCGCCUUACGUGCCGCCGCCGUUCAGCAUCGCCAAGGCGGCGGCUGCUGCUGGUGGAGGCGGCGGGAAAGACGACGACGACGACGACGUGUCGGACGACAGUUGUCCCGGCACGCCCGUGGAGUACUACUAGAAGAAGAAUAAGAAGAAGAAGCCAAGGAGGAGAAGCGUCCGUGUCCGGCCGCCGUCGUACGUACGUACGUGCGCGCGCGCGCAAGGAGCCACGCCACGCCACGGCCCUGCCAGUCGGUCGGUUCGGUAGGCUCGCCGGGGCGGGCCCCUGCCAGGCACCACCUCCGCUUGUCCGAGUCCGGCGGGGCAGGCGCGUGCACGUGGUGGGGGACGGACGGACGGGCCACGGCGCGUGGCGCGCAGGAGGCAGGGCCGCGCUGUCGCCUCGAGUGGCUGCCGGUUCACGGUCGGUCUUUACCAAUAAUAAUAGCUUACUGCCGUCCCUGGCUGCAGCACGCAUGUCAUAACCUGGCGGCCGCCGUGCCAUUGGCUCCGGCUCCUGUCCUGCCUUGGUCAGUACAACCCCCCUGUC